AUGGAACUUUCUCUGAAACAAACGCCAGGUCCCUAUCUGGCCAAACAAAACCUGGGCCCCCUAAAGGGACCGGGUUCCUUCAAAAGGGCCAUCACCCCCAUAAAGGACACGGGCGGGGAGGGUUUAAAUGUAAAGUUGACCUGCAAGUUAAACGGCGACACCCUCCAGACCUUCCCAGCAUGCUUUUGUCCCCGGCGCAGGCUGCAGGCGCUGAGGAAGGAGAAGUCGCGGGACGCGGCGAGGUCGCGGCGGGGGAAGGAGAACUUUGAGUUCUACGAGCUGGCCAAGAUGCUGCCGCUGCCGGGCGCCAUCACCAGUCAGCUGGACAAGGCGUCCAUCAUCCGCCUCACCAUCAGCUACCUGAAGAUGAGGGACUUCGCCAACCAGGGGGACCCGCCCUGGAACCUGCGCAUGGAGGGCCCGCCCCCCAACACCUCCGUCAAAGCUAUCGGCAACCAACGGAGGCGGAGUCCCAGCAUCGUCGCCUCGGAGAUCUUUGAGCCUCACCUGGGCAGCCACAUCUUACAGUCCCUGGACGGUUUUGUAUUUGCACUAAACAAGGAAGGUCGCUUCUUGUACAUCUCGGAGACGGUCUCCAUCUACCUUGGUCUGUCCCAGGUGGAGCUGACGGGCAGCAGCGUCUUCGACUACGUCCAUCCCGGCGACCACGUGGAGAUGGCAGAAGAGCUGGGGAUGAAGCUACCCCCCGGGCGGGGUGUCUCUCUGUCCCAGAGCGGCCUCAACGACGACGCCGCAUCCUCGGCGUCGUCCUCGUCGCCCUCCGAGACGCCCGAGCCAGCGGAGUCGAGCAGCCCCAGCGUGCUGUCCCCUGACAAGUGUCUGGAGCGCUCCUUCUUCAUCCGCAUGAAGUCCACGCUCACCAAGCGAGGCGUGCACAUCAAGUCUUCGGGAUACAAGGUGAUCCACGUGACGGGGCGUCUGCGCAUCCGCAUGGCGUUGACGCACAGCCGGGCGGUGCCCGUGCAGAUCAUGGGCAUGGUGGUGGUGGCGCACGCUCUGCCCCCGCCCACCCUCAACGAGGUGCGCAUCGACUGCCAGAUGUUCGUCACCCGCGUCAACAUGGACCUCAAGAUCGUCUACUGCGAGAACAGGAUCAGUGACUACAUGGAUCUGACAUCCGUGGACGUUGUAGGCAAACGUUGUUAUCAGUUGGUUCAUGCUGAAGAUGUGGAAGGCAUCAGACUUUGUCAUGUCGACUUGAUGAACAAGGGUCAGUGUGUGACCAAGUACUACCGUUGGAUCCAGAGGAACACCGGCUACAUCUGGAUCCAGUCCAGCGCCACCAUCGCCAUCAACGCCAAGAACGCCAACGAGAAGAACGUGGUGUGGGUCAACUACGUGCUGAGUAACCACGAAGACAAGGACACGCCGCUCGACAUCAGCCAGCUGCCGAACCUUCCGGAGAAGGCCCCGGAGUCCUCUGAGUCUUCCGAUUCUGACUGCGAGUACAAGGACAACUCCGACGACGAGAAGUUGGAGGGGAAGCUCGGCCAAUCGGAGCGCAGCGAGGACCCGGAGGCGGAGAGCCGGUGCCGGCAGCGGCACUCCGGCCAAUCGCAGUGCUCGCCCGAGCAGGAAGUGAAGCGUCAGGAGGAGAGAGACACGUCCAGCAACCCCGGGAGUCCGGAUAGCGACGACAGUCCGGAGCCUUCCGAGGCUGAGGCGGGGGAGCCGGAGGAGCAUGCAGGGGGCGGUGCCAAGCUGGCGACUUUGAGUGGCUUGGGCAGGCUUCAAAUCAAAGUGGAACAUUACGGCGAGGCGGAGGACCCUCGUCGCUCGCAGUCGUCGUCCUCGGAGGAGGAAGAGGAGAAUGACCAUGAGGUGGAGGAAGACGGCGCCACGAACACCGUCCUCAAGCGCAGGAAACGGAGGAAAGUUCAGAAGUGGGACCGAACGCGGAUCAGGAAGUUGCGCCUCUCCUCGGCUACGCCCAGCCCCGUCACCGUGGGUGAUGGCACGCCGCUGGUCGACCCCUCCCACCUGCUCUCCGCCGAGACACCGGGCGGCGGCGCCGCGUCCUCGGUGUUGAAGAUCAAGACGGAAAUGUCAGAGCCCAUCAACUUUGACAACGACAGCAGCAUCUGGAAUUUCCCGCCCAACAGGGAGAUCUCCAGGAACGAAUCCCCGUACAGCAUGACCGCCAAGCCCGCCCCCUCGGGACCACACAAGACCUUCCCCUCGCCACCAGGGGAGGCCCUCCAGGUCCCCGAUGCCGUCCUGACGCCUCCGGGCGCCGAAGGCGGGGCAGGGGGAGGAGCGAGGAAGCCUCCUUACAACGGAAGCGCCGCCCCGUCCUCAGUAUCCAGCCUGGCUCCGCCCUCUAGCGCGUCCUCAGCCGACCCCCUGUCGCCGCCGCUGUCGGCGUCCCCUCGGGAAAAGCAGCAAGCCACGCCCACAUCCUCCUCCUCCUCGUCCUCGCUGCUCUACUCGGGCGACGUGGAGGCUCUGCAGCGUUUGCAGGCCGGGAACGUGGUCCUUCCGCUGGUGCACCGCGUCGCCGCCUCGCUGGCGUCCACCGGCAGCACGCCGCCGCGCGUCUACACCACGGGGACCAUCCGCUACGCGCCGGCCGACGUCACGUUGGCCAUGGCGCCGGGGAACCUCCUUCCCAACGCCUCCUUCGUGGACAGUCCAAGCUUCGGCCUGGACCCCAAGACCCCCAUGGAGAUGCUCUACCACCACGUCCACAGGCUCAACAUGUCCGCCGCCGCCGCCGCCGCCGGGCCCUUCGCCGGCUCCCCGGGCGCCACGGCGGGCCCCGGCGCCCUGUCGGCGCAGAUGCCCGCCUCCGCCAACGUCUUCACCGCGGCCGAAGGACUCUUCUCCACGCUGCCGUUCCCCGUCUACAGCAACGGCAUCCACGCUGCGCAGGGCGGCGCCGAGAGGAAGGAGGACUAACGCGAGCGCCGUGAGACCGCCUUACUGUGCUUUCGGACUCCACUGUGAGGGUCGGCGAAAUGUUCUGUAGCACUUUCAACUUUUUCUAACCUCGCCGCCGGUUUACGUGACGACUCCCAGGAGGAUCUCGGGAAAACGACUCACGCGAAUGUGGAACUUCUCCAUCGCCACCGUCCCGACGUCCACCUUGGUAGUUUACGCGGCGACACUCGUGGUGCUAACGAGCUAGCGUGGCUAAUUGAAUGUCAAAAGACUCUCUCGGUCUUCUUCCUGCUUCUUGAGCCGCCACCUUGGGAGGAAGACGAUCCGCCCUCUUCCAUCGCAUCCGCCGGGACCAGAGACCCCGACCGACCGACCGACCGAGGCGGCCGUCCUCGUUGCCAAAAAAAAACAAAAACGAAGGAGAAAAAAAAAAAAGUGUGCACUGUGAAUCCGCCUCAUUUGUAUUUUUUGACGAAACAAUCAAUUUGGUGUCGCUCAUGGCCACUUCCUGUCUGUGUUUUUAUGACGUCGUUACCGUCGCUACGUGUCCCGUGUCUUCUCUGUGCUCUGUGUGGGCGGAGGCGGGGCCUGGUGGGCGGGACCUGUGAGACUGGACCUCCAAACUGCGCCGCUGCCGGCCCAGCCGCCGCCGCCGCUCCCCGCCGUCGUCGUGAAGCAGUUGAGGUUUGUCGUGCAGGAAGUACCCGGAAAAAAAAAAAAAGAGAACAUUUGUGGAGUCCAACUUUCUUCUUCUUCUUCUUCUUCUUCUUCUUCUUCUUCUUCUUGGGUUUCUGCUUUGCUUUUGUCGUGUUGCUAACUCCCCGCGUGUGCAUUGGGUGUAUUUCGCUGGUUCCCGCCAAAAUAAAAGCCAGCUUUCUAAAGAAACGAAAAGAACAAAAAAACAUUUCGCACUAUAAAUCUAUUUUUGUAAAAGUGUGGUUAGCUUCUGUUGGACCCUUUUCAAAAUAAAAGACAGGACCUAAUUUUCUUCUCAGUCGCAACA